AUGCGUUUCACCACCCUCCUCCUGGCCGCCGCCGCCAGCACCACCCUCAGCUACGCCCAAGACCUCGACGACGUCCUAGGCGACCUCGCCACGGCCGCCGACCUCGACGACCUGACCAACCUGGCCACCUCCCUGGCCGCCGACCCGGGCGUGCAAUCCGCCAUCAGCGACGCGAGCAACCUCCCCUCCGCCAUCGCCACCAACUCGGUCUUCCAGUCUCUGUCCUCCGAGGUCGCCACCAACUCGGUCUUCCAGUCUCUGUCGUCCGCCGUCGCCACCAACUCGGACCUCAGCUCCCUCGUCAACUCCGCUACGGGAGGUAGUGGUGCGUCGAACACGGGGUCGAGCUCGGGCGCCGUGGCGACGGGGGACAGCGGCGCGGAGCGCGUCGUGAUGGGCGCUAUGGGCGCGGCGGCUGCUGGUGUCGUGGGCCUUGCUGCUUUGCUGUGA